UCCUCGGCGACAGCUCCUCUCAGCCUCCCUCCAACUCACGCCCUUCCUCACCCAAAACUCGCAAUCCAAGGCAAAAACAACGAGCAAACACGACCCCGCCCGCCUUGGUCACCAUGCACAGACUCGCUCCAGCUCGGUCGUGUCGUGUUGACCUCUCGUCACAUUCUUCGAACUGACUGCGCCAACGUGACAACGUCGGGGAGAAGGAUGAACCAACUCCCUGCCCCGGCCAGCCGGCUGUGGGAGGCGAGCAUCCGCAAGCUCCACACCAUCCGCCACGGUGGCUCCGUCGUGCCCGCCGCGGUGCCCGUCGACGGCGACGCCACCACACUCUCCGUCAGCACCUCGACGUCCAACACCAUCUACCGGUACAACGACGAUGACGAGGACGGUGAAAACAGUGACAGCGCCACCGAGGGUGAUGACACGGACGCCGGCGACGACGACGACCCCAGCCACGCCGAGCAGCUGCUGCCCAGCGGGGACUUCUACCAGGGGGGCCUGCGCGGGGACCUCCCGCAUGGCGCGGGCAAGUUCCUCUGGACGGACGGCAGCAUGUACGAGGGCUCCUGGCGCCGCGGCCGCGCGUCUGGGCGCGGCAAGUUCUCGUGGCCGUCGGGCGCCACCUACGAGGGCGACCUCGCUGGUGGGUACAUGCACGGCCACGGCACCUACAUUGGCGAGUUCGGGGACACCUUCGCGGGGCUGUGGGCCAACAACCUCCGGCACGGCCGCGGCACGCAGGCGUACGCCAACGGCGACGUGUACGACGGCCACUGGCGCGACGGCCUGCAGGACGGGCACGGCCGCUACAUCUGGCGCCACGGCCACGAGUACAUCGGCACCUGGAAGGCCGGCGAGAUGCACGGGUGCGGGACGGUGAUUUGGGCGGACGGCGACCGGUACGACGGCGCGUGGGAGAACGCCAAGCCCAAGGGCCAGGGAACGUUCCGGUGGGCCGACGGGGGCAUGUACAUUGGCGCGUGGUGCCAGGAGUCCGGCGCGAUGCACGCCAAGGGCGUGUACUACCCGCCGUCCGGUGGCCCUGCGGUGCCCGCGCCUCGUGAGCCCUGUGAGGCCAUCGCGUCGCUGCUCGAGGAGCUUGAGGUGUGCGAGGGGAAGACAGCGUCCCUGAUGCCGUGGCAGAAGAUACUGACCUGGCCCGGGGUGGAGGCUGUGCUGAAGAAGCCGGUGUGGCGGCCCCCGGAGGUUAGCUCUGACCAAGGGAGGACGUCGAGCGUACAGAGGAGAAGUAGCGUGUCGUCCGACCUGGACAGCCUGGCCGAUGGUGAGGACGGCGAGGAGACUCGGACGGACAGGUCAUGGCUGCGGACGCCGUCGUGCAUGCGCGCGCCGCCGAGGCCAGGAAAGAAGCAGGGGGAGACGAUAUCGAAGGGGCACAAGAACUACGAGCUCAUGCUCAACUUACAGCUUGGCAUCAGGCAUGCUGUUGGAAGGCAGUCAGCUCCAACUUCGAUGGAUCUUAAAUCAUCAGCAUUUGAUCCAAAAGAGAAGGUUUGGACAAGAUUUCCUCCUGAAGGAUCGAAGCAUACUCCUCCUCACCAAUCAUGCGAUUUCCGGUGGAAGGACUACUGCCCCCUGGUUUUCAGGACUUUGCGUAAGCUCUUCGAUGUCGACCCUGCAGAUUACAUGAUCUCCAUCUGCGGUGAUGAUGCACUCAGGGAACUUUCAUCGCCUGGUAAAAGUGGAAGUUUCUUUUACCUCACCAAUGAUGACAAGUACAUGAUCAAAACAAUGAAGAAAUCGGAAGUUAAAGUACUUCUUAGGAUGCUUCCAGCCUAUUAUAAACAUGUCCGUGCUUUUGAAAAUACUCUAGUAACUAGAUUUUUCGGUCUGCACUGUGUUAAACUAACAGGAGCUAUUCAGAAAAAGGUUCGCUUUGUUAUAAUGGGGAAUCUUUUCUGCUCCAACUAUGCCAUCCACAGGCGCUUCGAUUUGAAAGGAUCUUCACAUGGUCGCAUGACAGAUAAACCCAUUGAUCAAAUCAGCGAGCAUACCACCUUGAAGGAUCUUGAUCUUAAUUUCAUUUUCCGGCUAGGGGGAUCUUGGUUUCAAGAAUUCUACAGGCAAGUGGACAAAGAUUGCGAAUUACUGGAGCAGGAGAGGAUCAUGGAUUAUAGUCUUUUGGUUGGUGUUCACUUCAAGGACAGAUGCAACUUGUUGGCUACAGACAGCAGCGAUGCUGACAAUGGAGCACCUCAUACUACCGCUGAAGAUUCUGAACAAGAUAGAAAAGCACCAUUAAAACUAGGGAUUUGCAUGCCCUCAAGGGUGGAGAACGUAGUGAGGAAUCCUGAUAGUGAAUCUUUGCUCAUUGGUGAACCCACAGGCGAAUUCCAGGAUGUCAUCUUGUUCUUUGGAAUCAUUGACAUCCUACAAGACUAUGAUAUUAGUAAGAAGCUCGAGCACGCUUACAAAUCCAUGCAGUACGAUCCCAACUCCAUAUCGGCUGUUGAUCCGAAGCAAUACUGCAAGCGAUUCAGAGAUUUCAUUUAUAAGGCUUUCACUGAAGAUGUACAGUAACUACUGAAUUGACAAAAAGGAGGCGCAUUUAACUGAAGAGAUUAACAAUUGUUUGGUGGAUGUUCUUUACCCACCCUCCAGUCUUUUUUUGUAGAUAACAUCAUUGAUUCUUUCUGUUGUAGAUGGAAACACAUCAAUAGCGCGGUGAUUUUCUCUUCUCUUGUAGAUUCUGUACAUUUUCCAAAUAUUUUCUUCUGUCAUUGGAGGUAGUGUAACUGUAAUCAUGUCAUGAAAAGGAUGUAGACUAGAGAUUAAUGUUUAUG